AUGAGCGGCAAUGCCGCUGCUGCCUCCGAGUCGCAAACCGGUAGUAAAGACAACUUGGUCUCAGCCAGUGCGCACUUCCAAACCACUCCUCCCGGCAUCCGCUACUUGCAGUACUCGCUUGAAAAGGAGAUCGAAUACCUUCCCCAAAUUCGCGAAUUGAUCUCCAAAGACCUCUCCGAACCUUACAGCAUAUAUGUCUACCGAUAUUUUCUCUAUCAAUGGCCCGAACUCUGUUUCAUGGCCGUUGACGCCUUGGAUGACAACAAACUCGUCGGCGUGGUAAUAUGCAAACUGGAGCCGCAUCGAGGAGGACCGCUGAGAGGAUAUAUCGCCAUGCUAGCCACGAAGGACAAGUUCCGGGGCAAGGGCAUUGCCACCACGCUUGUCAGCAAAGCGAUCGAUUCGAUGAUUGAGAAGGAUGCGGACGAAAUUGCGUUAGAAACCGAGGAGACAAAUACCGCGGCCAUGAAGCUGUACGAGCGACUAGGGUUUCUAAGAAGCAAGAAGCUGCACAGGUACUACAUGAACGGGAACAGCGCGUAUCGAUUGCUACUGUACCUGAAAGAGGGGGUGGGCAGCAUUCCAACAGAGGACGACUACAAUGGCUCUGGUCUGGAUGUGCAAGACGAGAUGAGAUAUCCGCAUCGCUAUCAAGAAUCUCCACACGAUGUAUUCAGUCGUGGAAUCGUUUGA